CUCUGCACUGGGAGCUUUGCGGCGGACUUUCGAGAGUCCUCCACCCCCCCAUCCCCCAGUCUGUCCGCUGCUGCUCCGACAUGAGACUGUGGGUCCUGCUGAGCUUCCUCCUGCUGCACGAAUCGCUGCAAAAUGUUACUGGACAACCUGCAAAGAGUAAGCAUCCAAAGGAACCAGGAGAAAACAAAAUUAAACCUGCCAACAAAAAAAUGAAGCCCAAACUCCCUAAAUUAAAGGAGAGAGAAUCCAGUGACUCAUCCACAAAAUCUCAAUCUAUAAUGAUCCAAGUGAUGGAUAAAGGCCGAUUCCAGAAACCUGCUGCCACUUUGAGUCUGCCUGUAGGGCAGAGCAUAGAACUACGAUGUAAAGGGAAUAAAAUUGGGUGGAGUUAUCCUUCAUACCUAGACACCUUUCAAGAUUCCAGGCUCAGCAUUAAGCAGCUUGACAGAUAUGGUCAGCUGAUCCUUGCAAAUUCUACUGCAGCAGACACUGGUGAAUAUAGCUGCUGGCUUCUUCUGUGUAAUGGCUCUAGCUGCAAGAAGGAUGAGUCUAAAACAGGCUCAACAUACAUCUUUUUCACAGAUAAAGGGGAGCUCUUUGUACCUACUUCCAGUUAUUUCGAGAUUGUCUACCUGAACCCAGAUAAACCAGCAGUAAUCCCUUGCAGAGUGACCAUCCCAUCAGCAAAAGUAACUCUGCACAGGGAGUUUCCAGCAGAAGAAAUCAAAACAGAUGGAACUAAUAUUAUCUAUGAUGUGAAGAAGGGUUUUAUUUAUCAACACCCCACCUCUGACCACAAAGGAGUGGUCUAUUGUAGAGCAGAAUCACGGGGAGCACCUCAGAUUUCUAUCAAGUAUCAAUUACUGUAUGUGGAAGUCCCUAGUGGUCCACCAUCGACAACAAUUGUGGCAUCAUCCAACAAAGCAGAAGGUGGUGACAACGUUAAUGUUCUCUGUAUAGUCCUUGGGGAGCCAGACAUAGAAGUAGAAUUCAGUUGGAAGUACCCAGGGGAAGAGCUUGAAAGGCCUGUGAUUAUCCAAGAUUCUUGGAGGCUGAUCAAGAGAGGAAUUGGGCAUACUACAAGAAUCUCCAAAAGUGUUAUUGCCAUUGAAGAUUUCGAAACCAUUGAUGCUGGCAACUAUAUUUGUACAGCUCAGAACCUACGAGGACAAACCACAGUAGCCACCCGUGUUGACCUGACCAGAUAUGUGGAUUCUGUGGACACAGAAUGAACAAACAGUAUGUUAUUGGACACAUUAACCCUUCAGUUUCUUUUUAUUAAUUCUGAGGUGGAGGUUUCUGUUAAUAUCUCUCUCCUCAUGUCCUUACAUUCCACUUCCAUUACAGAGCAGUAGUCCAGAGCAGAGAUCCUAAUGCUUACCAGUACUCAAGAGAAUUGGUUUGAAAUCAUAUAUUAAACCUUUUCUAGCCUGAUUAUGCAUGUGGCUCCCAAGUGCUCCUAAUACCGUGAUAAAUCUUGUAUAUAGACUCUCCCUGACAAAUAACUUCUUUGUUAGGUAAAUAUAACUACUUGUAAAAAUGUUGAUUGUGCAUUAUUUUCAUGAAUGCUGAGAGGAGGAUAUAAAAUAACUUUUAAAGUAGACCCACCAGCAUAGAUAUAUUUUCUUCUUUGUCUUGGUGGUGAUUUUAACACAUUGUACAUGUAAAAAAUAUUAAAACUUUGUCACUAUUCAGUAAAUAAAUGUAAUCCAGGUCUACCAAAUCAGAGAAGAGUAAUCACUGUUGACUAAUUUUCUAUAAGAAGUGAAUGAUGACUAAGUUGUGUAAGUGUGUGGUUUUACUGUUUACUCAUACCUGAGAGAGGGUUAGGAUUGAGUACAUGCGAACUUUAAAUU